GUCGCGUUUGUGUGCUCUGUAAUUAAAUGUCGGCCCGUGAUACCAUUGUGCCGUCGUCAGUGAAGCAAGUUUUCUAAAAAGAAGCUUUGAACAACCGUGAAUCCGGUUCGGGAAAGAACAGAAUGAGUUUGCGACAAAAUGGAAGCAAUCGAGCGCGAAGCCUCCAAACCCUGAAUGGAGAAGCCCGCACCGAAGUUGUGGUCCAAACACGCUGCUUGCACAAAUGGAACGAUACGAUGGUACGGUUGCCACAUUCCUUGAAGGAGGUUAAAGUUACGCAACCGGUAUUUAAUCUAACGGGAGGCUACAACAUAGAAAGCUCGAUCCUGACGAUGUGUGUCCAAAACCUGUGCCAGCAGGUUCUUAUACUGCGAACAAUUUAUCUGUACUACGAUCGAACGAAAUGCAUCAAACUGUUCGACGGGAUCAUACGCAUGGUGCCAGGGCUCGAGUAUGAAGGCGAUCAAAAGAUUUAUCGUGCUGCGGCAAGCACCGGCACCGGCGAGUACACUGUGGUGUGUUUAGCAGAAAUCUCACCAACAAAGAUUCGGUUGAGAGAAACUUCGUCCAUUCACAUCCUAAAGCCGCGGAUUCCUCGUGGAGACCCGCUGGUCCCGAAAAAGACGAGCUUCUUUCCUUCGGAUGACGUCAAGGAGGUGUACCGCAAUCAUUUGCUGGCAAACAAUCAUUAUUCGCGGCCAGCCAAACUGUGGUUCGAAAAGUUUGAGCGAUACAGAACCCAAGGGUUACUCCCGAAGAACUACGUUGAGUAUUUGCGGAUGCUGGAUCAAAUCGAAGAGAUCGACGACGAAACCGAGUUGGCUAGAUAUACCGUCCCGAAAGCACGGUUGGAUCAGUCCGAUUUCCCAACCCGUUACUGGCUUUCCGUCACGCAGUUCUCAGUGCCGCCGGUUCGAUUGAGUGUGGGCGAUCAUGUGAAGGCUCUAAAUUUUGCAUUAGAUAAACGCGGGAUAACAACGGUUGAUACGGUGCGAGGAAUCAUUUGGGAGUGCAGUACUUCCAUGACUAUCGAGACGGAACGUGCACUAGAUAUUGGACGUCGGGUGCGGCUUGAAUUCCCGCUCAAUCGAGUACCGUUCUUGCUAGAGUAUCAGGCGCUCAACCGCAUCAGCUGCAUCGACACCUCCAAUGUUCUGUUUCCGCAGGCAGGAAACACCGCAAACGAAACGUUGACAGAGCCCAUUGAACAGUUUACAUGGUUCGACAGGCGGAUCGGAACGAACAAGCUACAGCAGUGCGCAAUCAGAAACAUUGUCAACCGAACGGCCUACCCCGCACCGUACAUUAUCUUCGGUCCGCCGGGGACCGGCAAAACGUGCACCAUUGUGGAGGCCGUGCUACAGAUUUACAAAACGAGACCAAAGUCCCGAAUACUGGUAACGGCCACGUCCAACUAUGCGUGCAACGAGCUGACGAAGAGGCUACUGAAGUAUGUACCGGUAGCCGACAUCUUUCGCUACUUUUCUGCGGCCAAAGAGCGCGACAUCAACCAGAUCGACGCUGACGCACUGUACAUAUCGAACCUGCACACCGGCAAGUUUGAGUUCCCGUGUAUGAACGAUUUUCUCCAAACGCGUAUCCUCGUGGCCACGGUCAUAACCAGUGGGCGCCUGCUGUCGCUAGGGGUUUGUACGAACAUUUACGACUACAUUUUCAUCGACGAAUGUGGCAGCUCGAAGGAACUGUCCGCAUUGGUUCCGAUCGGCUGCGUGGGCGUGGAUCAAAAGGCCCGACGGAUGCACGCCAGCGUGGUGCUGGCGGGUGACCCCCAACAACUUGGCCCAGUUACGCACUGCCAGCUGUUAAGAGAUACCGUGCACAACGAGUCACUGCUGGACCGGUUGAUGAGAUUGCCGUUUUACGGUCGAAAUGGUCAGCACGCGUACAAUACCAAGGUUGUGACAAAACUGUUGGACAACUACCGUUCGCAUCCGGCGCUUUUCCAGUUUUCCAACGAACAGUUCUAUGAGGGGGAACUGCGAGCGAAAGCACCCCCUGCCAGCACCCACUGGGCCAUCGGGUGGGACAGGUUACCGAAUCCCGAGUUUCCAAUGAUGUUCCAUUCGGUCACAGGAAACAUGAUCCAGGAUCAGUUUACCCUUAGCUACAUGAACAAGGAGGAAGCGUUUCUCGUCCUUCAGUACGCCCAGCUGCUGAUGAGUGGCAGUGUCGGUGGCAAGAUACUCUCCCAAAGCGAUAUCGGGAUAUUGACACCUUACUCCAGACAGGUUGCCUACAUUAAGAACGGGCUCGUGUUGCUCGGCCUGGAGGACAUCGAGGUUGGAUCGGCGGAGCAGUAUCAAGGCAGAGAGAAAGCGGUCAUGAUCGUAUCGACGGUCCGAUCCCAACGAAGCACGGUUGGCUUUUUGGCAGACCCGCGCCGUUUAAACGUGACAAUGACACGGGCGAAAGCUCUGAUGAUAAUUAUUGGUAACGAGGACAAUCUGUCGCAUGAUGCUACCUGGAAGAAACUUCUAUCGUUUAUUAUUUCGAAUAAGGGUUUGCUAAGUAAGCAACGGCAGUUCAAUUUCCCGUACAAGAAAAGCAAAGACAAGAAGACACAAAGAGCUCAAGUACAAAAGUUUAUUUAGUUUAAGAUUGAUCGAAUUUCCCGCUACGGUGUUCCAACUUCCAAACAUGACCACUUCCAGUCGAACGGUAAUAAUCGUAAAAACUUACGACGGACGGAAUUUGAAUUAAAUCCGAACCACGACGAUUGAAUCAAAACAAUCGGCUUAAAAGUGAAGCCACACAGAAUUCAAGUACAAAAGUGUAGUUAGUUUAAGAUUGCUCGUCACUAGGGUGUUGUAACUGUCGAACAUGACAUGACUUCCAGUCCAAGAGGAAUAAUCAUAAGAAUUUACGACGAACGGAGUAUGAAUUAAAACCGAAUA